UAAGUGUAAUUCGAGAACUCUAGCCGGAGCUUUGUGAAGGCACAGAAAGCGCUGGAAAGAGGGUCGACUGAGCCGCCGGCACUGAGGAACCUCGGCGCCGAGAAAAUGUCAUCCCAGAAGUAUGACUGCAUCGUCAUAGGAGCGGGGAUCCAAGGGUCCUUCACAGCUUACCACCUCGCCAAAAACAACAGGAAGACGCUGCUCAUCGAACAGUUCGCCCUUCCCCAUGCGCGAGGGAGUUCCCACGGACAGACACGGAUCAUCCGAAAGGCCUACGAGGAGGACUUCUACUUCCGCAUGAUGGAGGAGUCCUACCUGCUCUGGGCGCACAUGGAGGCAGAGUCUGGGGUUCAGCUGUACAGACAAACAGGGCUCUUGGUCACUGGCCCAGAGAAAAGCAGGGAUUUCCAGGGGGUGAAGGAGGCUCUGGAACUGAACCGCGUCCCGACCGUGGUCCUGGCACCGGGAGAAUUCCCUCAGCACAUACCGCACUUCAAGCUCGGCGACGGGCACGGUGCCGUCGUGGACACCACCGCAGGGGUGCUGUACGCCGACCGCGCCUUAAAGGCCGUACAGGGGGCAUUCCAGAAGCUGGGCGGGAUAAUCAAGGAUGGGGAGAAAGUGUCUGGCAUCACGCCUGGCUCGGAGGUCACCGUGACAACAGCCAGUGGAGUCUACAAAGCUGCGAGCUUGGUGAUCACAGCCGGGCCUUGGGCCAAUGCAGUGCUGUCCCACGUCGGCCUCCAGCUACCCCUGCAGGUGCAGAAGAUUAAUGUCUGCUACUGGAGGGAAAAGGUUCCAGGAACAUACAGCGUCAGCAGGCGCUUCCCCUGCUUCAUCCAGCUGCCGUCGGAGAUGGAGAAGACCGACAUCUACGGCCUCCCGUCCAACGAGUACCCUGGGCUAAUGAAGGUCUGCUACCACACCGGCAGCGAGACGGACCCCGACCAGCGGGACAAGCAGACAGACCGGGGGGACGUCGCCAUCCUGUCCAGCUACAUCUCCCGCCACCUGCCCGGCCUGGAGACUGUUCCUGCCGUCGUGGAGAGCUGCCUGUACACGGUCACCCCAGACCACCACUUUGUCCUGGACCGUCACCCGAUGCACAGUAACAUCAUCAUCGGCGCAGGAUUCUCAGGUCACGGCUUCAAGUUCGGCCCCGUCGUCGGCAAGGUGCUGUGUGAGCUCAGCCUGGGCCGCCCACCGUCCCAUGACCUCUCACCUUUCAAACUGCAGCGCUUCCAGAACAUUCCCAAGUCCACUUUAUAAAUUUUGCCCUCUUCGUAGUAGGGUAGUGAGAUUCUAACGGAACUAUUACUCUUACUGAUACUACGUUAUGGAACUUUAACAGUACUCAUCGUUACUCUGAUCUGAACGAAAGAUGAUGCUCUGACCAUUUCAGAUUGAAAUUAUGAAUGCACCCAUAAGAAUCGGUUGGUUAAUUAUUAUUUUUAAUCAUUAAUCCACAUUCGUAUAAUUUAGUCAACUCUGUAAGCAAGCACAACAUACUACAAGCUAGGCAGUCAAAAACUGUAUUUCUCUGUAUGCAUGUGAUGAUCUUUCGCUAGAUAUUUCAACCAAUCGCUUGUGUUUCUGCCCUUUCAUGCAGAAGACUUGUUGCAUUUGUGGCAACAAGCAUUGUCGGCAUCGACUCUAGUGAAACCACAGUUUUGAAUGUUUAGGUCUCUCCGUCACUAAAGCAGGGUCUGCCCAUGUGUGCUGCAUGUGUGCUGCAUGUGUGCUGCAUGUGUGCUGCAUGUUGCUGCUCAUGAGAGAGCGAGAAAUACAGAGAGCUGCCCCAUGUCACCCCCUCACACACAAGUUCUGAGACUGAUGUAGCAAUAAUAAAUAAGAAAUCCAUCCAUUCA